AUGGCGGGGGUGGAAUCUAAGCUCACCUACCACUCCUACUUGAAGAUUCCACAACUACUGGCAUGCCAAGAGCCAAUCACAGACGUCCACGAUGAACACGUGUUCAUUAUUGUCCAUCAAGCCUUCGAACUAUGGUUCAAGGUCAUCAUCAAUGACGUAACGUCGGUCAGGAAUAUAUUUCACGACAAGGCCUGGAAAAACCUCCCUCUACACACUGCCAUCAACCGCCUGCAGAGAGUUACGAUGGUGCUCAGGCAUGUUGUGGAACACUUCCGCAUCCUGGAGACGAUGCCGCCCCUCAAUUUUGUAGACUUCAGGGAUGCACUGACCGGGAUGUCUGGGUUCCAGAGUCUCCAGUUUCGACAGAUCGAGAAGCUCCUUGGAAUCAAAGAUGUAACGUUGAUAUACCAGGUUAUCAACUGAACAGGAAUAGGAGUAUGGCCGUAUACUAGUACGAAUACUAGUAUCUAAGUGCGUCAGGAAUAAUAGCUAGUAAAUUACAGUUGCUAUUUUAUUUGAAUUAUACACCAUUAUGGAUAUUGAGUAUGUUGAAGUAAGAAUUCUUUUGAUUUCACUGCAUAGUCCCUGUCAUUUGUUGUUGAUAGCUUUCCUUGGAGUUGUACCAUUUCCAUAUAUUACAAAUCCUUUUUAUACCAUUUGUGUUAGCAAAAUCGAAAGAAGCAUGAAGAACAAAAAUAUGAAGACAAGAAUCCAAAGGAUAAGGUGAUUCUCCAGAAGGACCCAGACCAAGUUGAUGAGGGUACACUCGUGGAUGUUGUGCAAAUGUGGCUUGAAUCUACUCCGGGAAUAGAUGACGAGGAGUUCUGGGCAAAGUAUAGUCAAAACGAGAAGGUAGACCUGAGACCUUUGCUUGAUCAGUCAACGAGUGAUAAAGGU